AUGCAGGACCUGCCGGGCAGCAGCUGGCGGCAGUUUGGCCCCGCGGGCAGGGGCAUGGACGAGUGGCUGAGCAGCGAGCCCAGCCUGCCCCUGGAGACACAGCUGCAGGGCACCCGGAGGCUAAGUUCCUCCCAAGAAGACGCGGAGCCCGUCCUGUGCAUCCUCCUCCCAGCCACCUCCCUGCUCUUCCUGGCCUUUCUGCUGCUUUACCUGUCCGGCCGCUGCAAGGCGCGCAGGGCGCAGGGACGAGUCUUCAGCAUCGACCUCCCAGAGCAGCCCCCAGGAGGAGAAGCGUCUGACUUCCUGCCGGCCUGGCCCCGGGGCGGCGAGCAGGACUUCCCACACUCGGCUCUGACCCUCCUCUCCGUGGGCUCGCCACCCUCCUACGAGGAGGCCACCAGGGACCCCUCUGGGGGAGGCCCCAGACAUGGCCCGGGCUGUGUCCCGUUGGCUCCGGACCCCACACUGCGGUUAGUGCGUUGGUGGGGCGGGACCCGGGCGCAGGAGGACGGCCCCCCGGUAGCCGGGGCGGGACCCGGGGAGCAGGAGGACGGCCCCCCGGUAGCCGGGGCGGGACCCGGGGAGCAGGAGGACGGCCCCCCGGUAGCCGGGGCGGGACCCGGGGAGCAGCAGGACGACUCCCCGGGUGGCCUUGGCGGGACUCUAGGACCGAGGGCGGCCGCCGGGGCCGGGGCGGGACCCGGGGAGCAGGAGGACGGCCCCCCGGUAGCCGGGGCGGGACCCCGGAGCAGGAGGACGGCCCCCCGGUAG